CGGUUUCGAUUUUAAAUCAAAAUUGACGAAUAAAUGUAAAAGGAAGUCCGGCAAUAAGAAAACCUGUGAACGUCAAACGGUAUAUGUAACUGUUUGUUAUCUGGUCAACUUGGGGUCAAAGGUUACACGCAUGACAGGAAGCUCAAAUCAUUGCCCUGGUUCAAAAUGGCGCAGCCGGCCUCUGGAAGUGAAACUGUCUUGGGACAAAAGUGGGAUCAGUGCAUCUCCGACACGUUACUGAAAGUUGGUGGUGGUCUUGGAGUUGGAAUCGUUUUUUCAGUUUUUCUAUUCAAAAGAAAACUAUGGCCAAUCCACAUGGGUGGAGGUAUCGGUCUCGGAAUGGGUCUUGCCAACUGCAGUCAUGCCUUCAAGGAUCCGUACAAUGUGCAAGGAACGAUAGCAAAGGUGGUCAAAGAGGCGCCGAAGGAGUCCAGCCCUAAAGAAGAAAUAACAAUAAUCAGAACGGAGGAGGCGCCUAAAUCAUAAAAAUAUGUAUAUAUUUAGGGUUUUUAAUGCAAAUUCUGAAAAAUUGCUAGUAUUCAACUAUUUCUGUUUGUUGUUUUACUGUUGGACUUUUUGAGAGCUGAGUAGUGUGCUGUGCUGACCUUUAACAAAGUUUGGGUAACAUACAGCAUCUUAUAUAAUCUACAGUUUUGUAAGAUGCAACUUUUGGUGAUGAAUGGUUAAUUUUUAUCUUAUCUAAUGUGAUUGCAGACAGCUCCUUACAGCUCAUAAAAGUUGAUAUGUUUGUUAAUUUGUAUGAUAGAUUUUCAUUGAAAUUAUUUAGUAUGAGGUGUUAACCCUAAAUCUGUAGCUUACCCAAGAUCCCACUAUACGCCAUAUUUUCAAGUAACUUGGGUUUUGGUUUUAAGCUGCGUCAUCAGGGGGUAACCGUGUUUUAGCCCCAGGAGUAGGUGGCAAUAUGCCCUUGGGGGCAGUUGAUUUAGGUCGACAGCCUAAAUCAUUUAAGGGUAGCCCUCACAUUGAAGUUACCUUCUGGCCUGGUGAUGUCGGGCAAUUUUCAUUGAAAAGAAAUGAGUUGUGUAUUCAAGAAAUGAAUGAUUUGAAAGUAAAGAUGGCUGACUCUUCCAUGUGUGUAGUCAAGUGGGAACUACCUUUAGACUUAUUUCAAGUCUAUAAAAAUUGGUGUAAAUAGAUACAUAAACAUACAUACAUGCUUUCUAAUAACCCACCUUUGUUGUUUUCAAAAGAUUUAACACUUAAUUGCCAUCAGUAAAACCUAGGGGAUACAUACAAACAUAAAGCUGAAGUUGAAAUACCGUAUUUUUAAGAUUGAAAUGUCCUUAAACAACUGGAUGGUGGUUCUGCAAGAAGGAACUAUUUGCUAAAAUUGUUUUAUUUAAUUAUUAUGAAAGUUCCUUAUUCUUGGAUUGACCGGCUUCAUAUUGCAACAAAAUUAUUAGUCGCCAAAUGUUGAUUUUUAAAAAGUGAUAACGCAGAACUACGUUUUGCUGAUUAAUUGUAUACUUUGCUUCAUUUGGAGGAUGAAAAUAAACAUUGAAUUGCUUAGCAUUUAAGAAUUA